AUGCUUUGCAAAGUGUGCCGUGAGGUCCUUCAAGGCAUGUGGGAUACACCUAAUACCAGAAAGGUCUGCCGAGUUGACGAAUACUUCGGCCCUAUUUUCACGGAGCCUCUUGGGUUGGGUGAUGGUGACUUCAGCCGCCCAGAUAAUUUCAUGUUUGGGCAUCAUGCGACUUCUGAGUCCUUCCAGAAUCUCAACCUCAACCUUGGUACCUCUACUGCAGAUGAGGCCACUUGGGAGGUAGUAUACAAUUGGCUGCACGAUUGCCUUGACAAUCAUGAGCGCUGCAACCAACCAACAAGCUACCUUCCACCUCGUCUGCUUCGGCUAGAGAAGCCUACUGGUACAUUCCAUAUAAUAGAUGGAAGUGCCAUUACACCAGGGGCUCAAUAUGUCACUUUAUCACAUUCUUUUACUCCAAGCAACUUCCAGCUCACGGAGUCGACAUUAGCCUCCCUUUCUGAACCGCAGCCUCUAUCAGCUCUUCCUUUGGCCUAUCGGGAUGCAUUUACUAUAGUGGAUAGACUGGGUCUCUCCUACCUUUGGAUUGACCAGCUUUGUGUUCUGCAAGAUGAUCAAUUCGACCAACUUUUGAACGCAAAUGAAACUAGUCGCAUCUUCUCUCGAGCGCUUCUUGGUAUUUGCGCUGUGGUUUCUACAGAUCCCUAUUCUGGGCUUUUUACCGGACGUGAUCCAGAUCUCAUGAUUCCGACCAUACUCAAGCUUCCAUUCGGUGGUCUUGAGGCGACUUCCUAUAUUCUGGAGACAGAUAGAGAGUUAGCUGGUGCUGAUGCAUUUCAUAAAGAGCUAGCAUCUACAAAUGCACACAUUUUCCGACAACGCCUUCUCUCACCACGGAUGGUUCAUUUCGGUCAACGGCUUGUCUACUGGGAGUGCUAUGGCGCUAUAUGCGACGAAGUUAACCUUGGUGGCUGGUCUACCCCCGCUGGGUUUUCUAUGGGCCGUGAGGGGGAGAUGGCUGAUGAUAAUACCUUCUUGAACGACAAUUGGAAACCCCUCAUCGGUGUGCAGUUUCCGGUCAAGCACAAUUCUAUUGAUCAAAUCUUUACGCGCUGGUUCCACCUCCUGCGUGAAUAUUCACGCUGUGCUGUGGCAUCAUCAGACGAGAAGCUACAGAAUAUCCAGUUUGUGGCAGAGAAUAUGAAGCGUUCGUUACAAGGGCAGGGGUGUAACGAUACCACAUACCUCGCGGGAAUGUGGAAGAUGAUGCUUCCCAAGGGAUUGGUGUGGAGUGUAUCCGGUGCAGGAACACGACCAGCAGUAUCCCAGGCGCCGUCGUGGAGUUGGGCAUCCGUUGAUGGUAUUAUUGACUUCCACAUCAGGUGUCCGACGGAUGCCAACACUGGGCUUUUCUGUGAACUUGUAAGCGUGGGCAUGAGUUUAUCUGCUGAGGGCCUUCUGGACGGUGCAGUCACUCUGAGAGGGAAACUGGCCCUUGCAAAUCUGGGAACUGAUCCUGGCAACGGGGAGGAAGAGACCCUGCGCACAGUUGUAAGUUAUCUAGAUCAAUCGGUUGACUACGCUGGUGGAGGUCAUCGUGGAACAAUCUUGUUUGAUACGAAGGAGGAUGUUGCUGGGGAGGUCUUCUGCUUCCCCAUUUCGGGAGCAUGGGGUGCAGCAGACAGAUACUGGUCUAGCGGACUGGCUCUAUCUCGACUGAGGGAUGGGACAUAUCUUCGGUGCGGUGUAUGGACGUUUGCGGGGACGAAGAAAGAGGAUGCCCUCAUGUUUUAUCACAGUCUACCACCGGAGCAAGAGAUCACGAUCGUCUAA